AUGACGAACGCAGAUCCAAACUCCAUCUGGCCUUCCGACACCCACUUUCCGCUAGCUAUAGUCUUUGCGGUCAUUUACUUGAUUCCGUUGAUAAUCCAGUUCUACCAGACGAUAGUUAAGUAUAAGGCGUACUACUUCAUCCCCAUCCUUGUCGGUGUCUGCUUCGAGUUUUUUGGAUAUAUCACUCGUGCUGUGUCUAUCAAGCUCCCUGAUCAGAUCCCUCCAUACGCAGUAUCCUCCUCCUUAAUAGUCCUCGCGCCCCUCUUCGUCGCAGCAGGCAACUACCUCCUCCUCUCCCGCCUCUGUCUCUCCGUCCUCCCGUGCCACAUCACACACAUCCACUACAUCCCCUUACGCAAGCUCACGAAAAUUUUCAUCAUCUCCGACGUCAUUACGUUUCUGAUACAGGUGUCAGGAAGUGGUAUAGCGAGUUCUGGGAACUGGGAAGGAAGCACGACGAAGAUUGGCGUGGAUGUUUUGAUGGUGGGGCUGGGUGUGCAGCUUGCUACUGUUGUAUUUUUGUGUGGGGUUGUGGGGAGGUUCGACGUCUUGACGCGGCGCGGCGAGGUCAGGCCUGAGGUUGAGGAUGGAUGGCGGAAAGUGUUGAGGGCGGUGUAUAUCUCGAGUGGAUUGAUUGUGGUGAGGUCGGUGUACAGGCUGAUCGAAUUCGCGAUGGGUAUCCACGGGUAUCCCUUCACGCACGAGUGGAUGUUUUAUACGUUUGAGAGCCUGCCGAUGGUGCCGGCUAUUGGGGUGUUCUGUGUGUGGCCUCCAGGAGCAUAUUUCGUUCGGCAGGGAAGGAAGGCGGGUGGGGAUGUGCGGAUGGAGAGUGGUGAUGGGAUGGGUGCUUGA